GAGGUACUCUAUAUCGUAACCCGGAGUCGCAUGGUGUCCGCAUCAUUUCACAACAUUUCGCGGUUUCAGAGGACCGCUACCUAGUACAAUGUUUCGUGCCCCUGUUCAAUCUCUUGGAAGUGUGUGUUGCGUUCGAUCGCUUCUGUUCGGAUGCACGACUAAAAGAUUUUAUCCAGCCAAAAGAAAAAGGUUCUACAAGAAUGUGAGCGUAACUCAAUCGGAAGGCCAGUUUGAGGUAUGCCUCGACCAACGGAAACUGAAGACCCCGAUGGGUAAAGUGUUCACGGUACCCAGCGAAGGCCUCGCGGUUGCCGUGGCGACAGAGUGGGACGCCCAGGGAACAGAAAUCAACCAGCACAGCAUGCACCUGACUGCAUUAAGCAACACUGUUCUCGACAAUCCAUCAAAUAGAAAUAAAGAAGCCAUAGCGAAAGACCUGUUGGAGUUCUUAGAGUCAGACACUCUGUGCUGUCGCAUGCAGGAGCCGGAAGGACUUGCCGUGUUGCAGCACCAGAAGUGGGACCCCGUUAUUCAGUGGUACGAAGACAGGUAUAACGUCAAGCUCAACGUCGCCAGCGAAGUGCUGGCGGACACGAUGCCGCAAGAGACGUACGACACGAUUUUGAGACAUCUAUCGUCGUACUCCUUAUGGGGCAUCACAGGAAUUCAGUAUGCGACGGAGAGCCUCAAGUCGCUGAUUCUGACCCAAGCAACCAUUGACCGAAGAGUGACCGUUCAGGAGGGCGUGGCGUUGGCUAGGUUGGAGACCGAAUUUCAGACAAGUCGCUGGGGCAGCGUGGAGUGGGCUCACGACCUGGACCGAGAACAGGUUCAAGCCAGAGUGAGUGCAGCCAUACUCUUCGUUCAGCUCACUUCUGCUUCUUCCAGCAUCGUUACCAAGAAAGUUGUCGGCAAAAUGUGAACAAUGUGGCCCGAAUAGUGAAAAAAAAAAAAAAAAAAAGACACCUUCAGCAUGUGCACGACAGUUCGAACUGUCAGUAAAACAGACUUUGGAAAAACAUGUCGUAUAUGUCAA